CUGGCUUGUUCCAGUGAAGCCAGGUCUGAGUCAACGAUCGUCCUGUGAACUGCUCCCUCCCUCCCUCCCUCCAUUCCUCCAUCCCUCGUCUCCCCUCCUCCCUCCCUUCUCGCCUCGCUCCUGUCACUAGAACUGUCACAGCGCAGAAGCACCUGAAAGACAGAGAGCUUGGCUAAGGAGCCCAGCAAAGAAAGAGAGAGAGUUCCUUAAUCCUGCUGCCCCUCGAGCCUUUCGAUCAUCGACUGAAAGGCUUGACCUUUCGGCGCAGGCAGGAACGAACUCUCAGAUCGAUAUCGUUGCCGAUUUAGCUCAUCGCUCUAGUUCCAGCUAGGCCGAUGCAAAAGUCACUCGAUCGUCUCGAUUAUGUGCAGGAGCUCUGAGCAACCAUGUAGACCCUCUCCAUUUUCAACUCUGCCUGUCUCCAUCGGCCUCUAGUGCGUCCAUCGCUGAAUUCAUCCUGCCUGGGCUGGGUCGAGUCGGCCGUCGAACUGAUCGUGAAACUCGUCGAUCAGACCAGGCCCAGAGAGUUAGUGCUCUUUCUGCGCGGACCUAGCGACCGUGGCUGCGCGUUGCCCACGGGGAGGGCUUUGGAAAUUGAGCUGAGAUUGAUUGAGGUCGAGCCUGAGAUCGAGCACGGUGGGGGAGACGGGGUCGUAGAAUGGCAUCUAGCUCGAAGUCGCCUUCGAAUACCGACGGGAAGAAUGAAUUGUGCCAGCUGCUGCAAUGGACUGCGGAUAAUUACAGCAAGAACGCCAAGCUCGGAUUCCAGGCGCCCAUAAUUCAGGAGCUAGAACGUCAAACAUGUAUCAGGAUCUCGCACAUCGCAGACGAUGGGCUUGCCAUCCUGGGAAGGGUUCUCCAACAACAUGCGUGUCCGAAUUUGAAAUCCGUGGUCAUCAUAGAAUGUAGGCUGGAGAAAAUGGGGAUAGUGGAGUUCUGCCGAGCCCUGGCCGUGGGCAACCUGUCGGGCUUGGAGGCCCUGAGCGUGCAGGACAACCGCAUGGGGGAUAUGGAGCUGAUCGCCAUCGCCGGUGCUCUGGGAUCCGGCAAGUGUUUUACUCUGAAGCGCCUGUAUUUAGGAAGCGACCGGGACAUCUUUCAGACCGAAGGAGCCCAGUCAAUGGCAGAGGUGCUGGAGUCGGGCCAUCUGCCGCUUUUGGAGGAUUUGAGUGUUCGCGGAGUCGAGGAGGAGGAUGGCAUGCUCGCCAUCUUCCGAGCCUUGGAAGCUCGCAAAGUCGCAGGUCUGAAAAGCUUGGACUUCCAGGGAUGCGCGAUCAGGUUAGGGGCGGUGAGCGUUCUGGCUCGAGCUCUGCAGUUCUCGCCUCAUUUCUGCGGUCUGAUCAAGCUCGAUCUAUCAGGAUGUAGGACCAUGGGGGACGACGAGGUGAUCGCGCUCUCGCAAGCCUUGAGGUCCAGAAACAUGGUCCAUCUGUGGUGCCUGGGCUUGGCCAACUUGACGAUGGGCGAGAGAGGAUUCCUCGAGAUCGCUUCAUUGCUGAAAGCAGGACAUCUGCCGGGCCUGCAAUACCUGUACGCCACCGAUUGCGACAACACGGAAACGAGCGCGAGGGCACUGAUCGAGGCUUACUGCGAGAACACAUCGCUGGUGGUCGACAUGACCGUGGAUUGGCCGAGCUGGACCUUCCACAACGACGCUCACGACCUUAUGGUGCGGAACGAGGCUUUGCUCGAGCAGCAGCACACCAUCGCCUGCGGCAAAGACCUCCACCGUGCCCGGGACCGCGAUCGCAGCGUGGACACGAGUCUGGUCGAGUUCGACGAGCAUCGGUCUCGACCGUCGUCCUCUGUGCUGUUCCUGAUCAAAAAAUUUAGAGUCUCGCGGUGGAAGAUAUCGCAGAUGCUAUCGUCGAUCAAAAAAUGUUUGGGUAGAAAAAGGUCCAAAAUUCUCUUCCGCAUUGCGUCUCUGAGCUCGAGAACACGAAACCGAAAAACGUGAUUUCUUUUAGUGCAUGUAGUGAUUUUGUCAGUUAGUUCCACGUCUCGAAGCUCGAAGGUGCCAUUGGAUUGAUAAGACUUGAGAAACGCACGCGCGUUUGCGUCCACUCAUUGCAAGUGCACCGUGAUGUGAGAUCGCGAUGCACGAGCUGCUGCUUGUUGGUUCACUUUAUUAGCAUUAGGCCUUAGCUCUAGCUUAGUUGGAAGAAAGCACGCAGCAGCUGCAAGUGAACCUGAUCACGAGCGGCUGAUGAAUACUGCUCUGCAUCCUGAUCGUGAGUCCCAUAGUCGCUUGUGACGGCUACGUUUCAGUGGCGGCAAACCUAAUUAACACUCUUUAACUUGGUUGGAUUUGUAUAUAGAGGUGAGAUGUAUAAAGAUUUGCACCGCUUCGGAAGCUCUAUCUCAACUCAACUCGCCUCCACUGCACUCCACUCCACUUUCCU